AUGAAGCAUGGUCUCAUAAUCCUAAACUGCAUUAUCCUCGCCAUAGGAACAUGUGGAGGUCCUUUGUUAACUCGUCUCUACUACACCAAUGGAGGAAAACGAAUCUGGUUGAUGAGCUUUAUAUCAACCGCUGGUUGUCCGAUCAUCCUCAUCCCUCUCUUCUUCUCCUUCCUCAGCCGCCGCCGCAACAGCAACCGCAACAACGAAGAAAACACACAAGAAAAACCAAAGAUCUUCCUCAUAGAAACUCCUUUGUUCAUCGCAUCCAUCGUCAUAGGGUUGCUCAUAGGACUUGACAACUACUUAUACGCAUACGGGUUAGCUUAUCUUCCGGUUUCCACAUCAUCUCUCAUAAUCGGGACUCAGUUAGCUUUCAAUGCUCUCUUCGCUUUCUUCAUGGUCAAGCAGAAGUUCACUCCAUUCUCUAUAAACGCCGUCGUUUUGUUGACGGUGGGAACCGGAAUCUUGGCCUUGAACAGCAACGGAGACAAGCCGGCUAACGUGAGCCAUAAAGAGUAUGUUAUUGGGUUUCUAAUGACUCUGGUUGCAGCUGUUCUCUACGCUUUCAUUUUGCCGCUCGUUGAGCUCACUUACAAGAAAGCUCGACAAGAAAUCACUUUCCCACUCGUGCUCGAGAUGCAGAUGGUCAUGUGCUUUGCUGCUACUGCCUUCUGCUUAGUUGGGAUGAUCGUCGUUGGCGAUUUCAAGGUGAUAGCAAGAGAAGCAAGAGAGUUCAAGAUCGGAGGUUCUGCGUUUUAUUACACGUUAAUUGUGAUCACAGGGAUAAUCUGGCAAGGAUUCUUCUUAGGAGCUAUAGGGAUUGUAUUCUGCGCAUCGUCUCUAGCCUCUGGUGUUCUCAUAAGUCUUCUUCUUCCGGUGACAGAGGUUUUGGCCGUUAUUUGUUUCCGGGAGAAGUUUCAGGCGGGGAAAGGUGUGGCUCUCCUUCUAUCUCUCUGGGGAUUCGUCUCUUACUUCUAUGGCGAGUUCAAAUCCGGCAAGAAAGUUGUUGAUAAACCUCAGUCGCCGGAGACAGAACUGCCUAUUCUCCCAGCUGGUGAUUCUGUUGCUUGA